AUGGCUGCUUCGAGAAGCACCCUGCGGGUGGAUUUCUCGAAGCUCCCCAAAAGGCCGUCCUUGAUGGAGGCCACAACCCUCGCCAUGACCAAGCUGGGUCUAAGCAGCUCUUCAAUCGUUUCAAUCGAACGACGAAAGCCGGCAUCCCACUUCCUUCACAUCCGAGUGAAGGACCAGAGCCUUGCUCUAAGAACCGUCGAGGAGAACGACGGCAAGCAUUCUCUCGAAUGCGACGGGAAGAAAUUCCCGAUCCCGAUCGUAAUGGUCGACAAUUCCGUGGUCAUCAAAAUCCACGACCUGUCCGAGGACAUCACGGACAGAUGCAUUACGGAUUUCUUUGCUCGCUACGGAGAAGUCCGGUCAAUCCGAGCCGGAGUAUGGGCGAAGCCAUACCCGUGUGCCGGAAUCCCUGACGGAUACCGCUACGUCACAGCGGUCUUGUCUAAGCCGGUGCCGUCAUACGUCUCGAUUGGAGGGGAAGAGACGCUGGUAACAUACCGGGGACAGCAGCAAACGUGUCGAACAUGCCGUCUUGCUGCACACCAUGGGAUGACCUGCACCCAAGGCAGGAAACUGGUGGCUCAGAAGACGAGCGUCAACGAGAGGCUGUCGUAUGCCUCAGCGGUGCAGAAUGGCACCGAAAACCCUGCUCCAGCAACAGUCCCCCGGGCGAGCACACAAACCGUCCGUGCAACGACCGACCCGGUGAGCACACCGACCGUUCCGGCAAGCACAAUGCUCAUCCCAUCGAGCACACCGAUCAUCCCGGCGCCCGCAUCGACCGUCCCGGAGAGCGCACCGGCCGUCCGCGCACCGACAGUCCCGACGAGCACAUCGACCGUCGCGGCGAGCACAUCGACCGUCGCGGCGAGCGCACCGGCCGGUGCUUCGAGCCUGACAAUAGGCGCACCAGCAACGAUCAUCCCGAUGCAGGCCACUAGUGUUGCGGCUAGUACACGGACCGUCCCGGCAGUAGCAUCUUUCAUCCGGGCAAGUGCGUUGACCAUACCGGCAGCAUCGACCAGCACCAAGAUGGACAACGCCGGACUUCAGGUGGACGCCGAUGCCUCAUCGACGUUCAAAGCCCCUCGUGUCCCUUCACCUUCCGCUACACCUUCAUCCCUUUCCUGGCAAACAGUGGCAGGUAAGAGAAAGACGGACGAACAGACGGACAGCGACGUGUCGUGCAAGUCUGGGGAGGAACCGAUCAAGCGUAAGCCAGGUCGUCCUCCCAAAAAGACCAAUGCCACGGCAGCGAAACCGACUGGGGUAAUGGAAGUGGACGCACAGUAG